AUGGUUUACGUCACCAUUAGAGAGGAAUAUUCUUUACCCAAUGUAAAUGUGAACGUGGCAGGCAGUAGCUCGGCGCCCCUACAUGACACAACGCCACAUUCUGAAUCAUAUACUCCAGACGAAGAGUCAGAUGCUUCAGACGAAGAUGAGGAAGCUAAUUGUCGUGCUGAUUUGCUUCAGAGUAUGCAAACUGAAGAUAACGCUUGGAUGAGUCAGCCACCACAGAAAAACUUCUCGUCUAAUGAUCAGGCUAAUCGAGAGGAUCCUGACGGUGUAGAGCGUAUACAGGGCAAUUGGAUUAUUUCGGUUCCAGAACUUGAUAGUGUCCCAACACUAGGAUGGGAAGAAGUUCUUGCACCAGACAUUAGAAGCUUUGUAAAGGGUGCCUUAUUUCGGUCCAAGAAUGAGUUGAUUGUUGUAGUAGGAAUCUAUCACAUAGAAAAUCGAGUGGAAUAUGCCACCCAACGUUCUAGCAAGACACGUUUGGCAUUCGUUUGCAAGCAUAGCGAAGAUUGUUCGUUUAAGAUGCGUGCCAAGAAGGGUGAAUCAAUGUGGAGGAUUACAAAUCUGAUGUUGGAUCAUAGUUGCUAUACGGACUUGGAUCGAAGGGUUGCAAGACAGGUGACUGCAAAAGUUGCAGCUAGUUAUUUUGCUCGCAGAUUGGUUGCAGAGGGGUGUGUUUUAAGGCCGAAGGAGAUGAUCGAUGAGAUGCUUCGAUUACACGGGAUUAAAAUGAUGUAUAGCCUUGCUUUGCGAACGCGGAGCUUAGCUAUAGACAUGACAUAUGGCGACUUCGAAAAGUCAUAUCAGAGGAUCUCGUCGUAUCUGUACUUGUUGAGGGAGCGUAACCCUGGGACUAUAUAUGACUAUCAAACGACUCAUGAAGAUGUGUUCCUCCACAUGUUUGUUGCCCUUGGUCAGUGUAUUCGUGCAUUUGAAAGUUCUCUAAGGCCGAUUAUUGUAGUAGAUGGGACCUAUCUGAAGGGAAGAAAUAGAGGCGUAUUAUUUGUUGUUGUCACGAAGGACGGGAAUGAAAAAAUCUUUCCUCUUGCAAUUGGUUUGGGUCCGAUAGAAAUCUUUCCUCUUGCAAUUGGUUUGGGUCCGAUAGAGAACGAUGAAUCUUGGACAUGGUUUCUCUCUAACCUGCGUAUGUGCUACAAUCCUCCUGAAGGUCUCAUGAUUGUGUCCAACCAGCAUAAGAGUAUCCAAUAUGCUAUUGGGUCUGUCUAUCCAAAUGCAGCGCAUGGAUUGUGUUAUCACCACUUGCAUAAAAAUUUGACACGAAUUGGCAAGGAAGCAUUAAUCCACUUCAAGAAUGCGGCAUAUGCUUAUCGAGUUGAAGGUUUUGAAAAAUUCUUUUUAGAGUUGGAGUUGCAAAGCCAUAGCGCUCAUACGAGACUUUUCCUUAUUGGGGUUGAGAGGUGGGCUAGGUCGAGAAGUCCAGUACCUAGGUAUAGUUUCAUGACCUCUAAUGCUGCCGAGGUCUUGAAUUCUCAUCCACUGUGGGCAAGACGGCUUCCAGUAUCCUCAUUGCUUGAAACUUUUUGCACUAUUGUGGAAAAAUGGUUUGAUGAGAGACGGGCCAGCGUUAUGUCCAAACAACAUGAGUUGACAGAGGUGGCAUACAACAAGCUGGCGGUGCAAGUCGAACUCAGUCAUCACCUAAGAGUGUAUGAAACCACUACACAUGUUUAUAAGGUCGAAGAACGUGCCGAAUUAAAUGUGUAUGAUUUUGUUAGUGGCUAUUUCAAAACAAGCAACUUAAUCGAGACUUAUGAAGCUCCUAUUAGAGGUAUCCCACAUCCCGAUAAGUGGAAUGUUCCCUCAGAGAUCUCAUCAAUCGUCGUCCAACCUCCGGCUCACAUCCGUCAAUCUGGACGUCCGAGUAUGAGUCGUGCUAGGACUGCAUUUGAGGAUGAGUCGAUAAGAAGACAGAAACAGGUGUGUGGAAGGUGUAAGGAAACUGGUCAUAACAGGCGCGUUUGCACAACCCCUACCCCAAUAACUGGCAUCAAUUUGAAUGAACCUCCGGAAGAAAAUGAACCUCCAGAAGAAAAUGAACCUCCAGAAGAAUCAAACGGGGAUAAAGGGCAAGAAAGACGUCGACGAGCCAAGAAAUAUAGUGUUUGUCGUAGUUCGGAUCACAACAAAUCAAAAUGUCCGGAGCGCACAGACCAAGACAAUUCAUGA